CGGCGCAAGACGAGCCCUGGAGGGCUGAGCGGGAGAGUGCACGUAAGGCGCCCGAAAGAGACGUCGCAUCAUGCUGAACUUCCCUCCCUCCUGCGCUACCGCCGUGAAUGCUCUCCUUCAUUGCGUUUCGACUUCCACACCGACUUCCGGAGCCCGCGCGCAGAGUGAAAUAGACGCGGAGUCGCUUCCGCCGACGCAUACGUACACAGCUUCGUAGCGCGCUUUACUACUUCUACUUCGCAAUCGAGGUGCGGUCCGCAUACGUCGAAGCGGGCGUAAGGCGACCCUCGAACAAGCGCCGUCAUGGCCGGAGACACCAUGGAGCCAAUGUCCAUGUCGCCACGGCGCUCACCGGCUGAGCUCGGAAACGCGGCAAUACAGUGGGCGAGGAGUCGGAGAGGAAGAGUGCUGCUUGCGACGGCCGUCUUCACGCUGGUUUUCUUGGGGCUGGCCGGCGCAAGGCAUUCGGAGACUCUGUCGUCAAGCUACCAGGCCCUCUCGUCGAAUUACCACCUUCCGUCAUGGAGACCAUACCUCCCGCACCUCCCCUCGAUAAUAUCAUCGCCGCUGAAACCCUCAAAUACAACGCUCGAGCUCGAGAACGGCGAGAUAGAGAAUGUGCCCUCACAUCUGAACAAAGCGACACCGAACUUCCACCUCCUCAUGCCCUCCCAGGACGUCACCCCCGAGUUCUGCAAAACCACCCUCUCCGCCAUGAUGCUCAACUACCCGCCGCCUACCAUAAUCAACCUCUACCAAGACUAUGCGAACAAGGCGGAGAAGGAGGGGGAGAAGUUGCAGAGUAUAUUGUCGUACCUCACGAAUGGUAGACUAGUCAAUGACGAGGAUGUGCUGCUGAUCACAGAUGGGCGCGAUACGUGGUUCCAGCUCCCGAGCGAGGUUAUCAUUCGGCAAUAUCAAAUCGUGCUAGAUGAUGCGAAUAAGCGAUUGGCCGAGAAGUAUGGAGAGAAGUACACCCAGACGAUCGUGUUUGGCGCGGAGAAGACAUGUGAGGGAGAGGAUCUCGCGUGCAAAUACGUGCCGCAGUCGAUGCUUCCGGAUGACAUCUAUGGGACUCGGACGGGAAAGGUGCUUGAGCUGACUCCGGCGAGAUACCUGGAUUCUGCGAUGCUCAUGGGCCCUGCCAAGGAUAUGAGAAUGCUCUUUGAGGCGGCUGUCAAGAAGUUUGAGGAUAAGGAGAGUCAGUCUGCAACCGUGCAGUCCGUCAUGGCUACCAUCUUCGGCGAGCAGCAACUGGCGAGGGAUAUUGCCCGUAAGAAGAGCAAGAAACCGAUAGCCUCGAAAUGGUUGGACUGGUUUGGUGGAUCCGCUGCGGAACCCGUGCCCGAAGACGAGGAUCUAACCGCACAUGUCACGCUGCAGGAAGGCAAGCAAUACGAGUUCUCCAUCGGCCUCGACUACACGCAUACGCUUUUUCAGCCUCUCUUGCACUGCGCAGAAGACGAAUUGGUGCCGCUUGUUCACGACAACUCCACUGAUCUAUCCCAGUUUCACCACGCGGACACGCCUACACCAGCGCUCUCAAUCCCGACCGCUCUGGAAAAUGCAAAACCGCCCUUCUGGACGCCCGAUCUAUCCAAGCAUAACCCCUCCCCAAACGAGAAACCCGCAUACAUCGACAGGCUGGAGGUCGACAAGGAUCUUGACAACCUCAAGCCCCGCGACACGCCAUGGAGCGAGCUCGAGCUCGUUCAAAAUACCUACACAGGUGCCAUUCCAGCCAUCCUUCACGUCGACAACCGAAGGGCUCCGCCUAACUCCCGUACCGUACAAGACGCCCGCAUUCCCGACCCGCGCGCCCACCAAGCCGCUUCCGCAAACAUAACCUGGACCUCGCUCUGGUAUUCCGGCUACGAGCGCGCCCUCCUCCGCAAAUAUCUCCGCACUCCGCAAUCCCCAAUAGGAUACCAUACCGCAGCCGUCGGCGGCGACCGGCUCUGGGACCAGCGCGGCGGGCGCGGUGGCGUCUGGACCGAGAAGGAAGCGCUAUGGCUGCCGUGGGGUGAGGUCGAUGGUGUCUGCGGAACAGUCAAGGAGGUCACCGAAGUGUUUGGCGAUAGCAAGGGCAUAUGGCUGCAUGAGGGGCAGGAUGAUGCGGAAAAGGAGCGGUUGAAGGAGGAAGCGGAGCUUCGGGCUAAGAUUGAGGAGGCGAAGAAGAAGGAGGAGGAGGAGCGAGAGAGGGAGAGAAAGGAGAAAGAGCAGAAGGAGAAGGCGGGAAAAGAGGAUGAUGGGAAGAGACGGAGAGCGUGGGUGGCCUAGGUGGUUGCCCUCGCCGUCAUUCACUCUGGCAUCUUUGGUUUCAUGUUCCAUAUUAGGGCAUCUCUUAGGCUGUCGGCGAGGACGCUGCGGCUGCUGGCAUCUACAUGGAGUUGUUUUUUUGUCCUUUUUUCGUAUGUGGGAUAUAGGCAUGGCGCUUGAUACUGGGUACAUAUAGGGUAGGACGGGAAAAGAGUCUCACUCAGCAUAGAUAUCCAAACAGCGGAUUUGCAUGUUCAUC